UACCAUUACUACAGACCCUCAGGUGCUCGACUGUCCUGCGUGUUCACCUCAUUUUGUAUAUCGCUUAUUUAAAGAUAAUUAAUAAACUUACACGCUUGAAGAGGCUUGAAGCGAUUUAGGUUUUUAGUUGCCGGUAAACAAACAUGUCAUUUGAGUUGUAACUAAUGACGUGGCGUACCCUAACCUUAUCUUAAAGCAAUAACAUCUUUGGAUGUGGAAACAGAAAGCUGUUUAAAAAUAGAGGUGGUUUAUGUAUAACAGUAGUGAAGAUAUUUUGCCUCUAGCAGCAUGUCUUACUUGGAGUGGGCAGAGUCUCAGCUUGCAGAGAUAGAGCUGCUGACCAGCAUGUUUCCCACCCAGGAGGAGCUGGAGAUGACAGACCAGCUGGCACUAGCUGAGCUCAGGGACUAUGUGGAGUGCUUAGAUUCAACAGACAGUCCUCCACCUUCAAGACCUCAGUUUCUCAUCAAACAGAAGCUGGACACUGUAAGCACAGAGAGGGUUGAGGUCAUUCUGUCCUGUGCUUAUCCAUCUGAAUAUCCCAGCGUGUUACCAGAGAUAACAGUCCGGUGUGCUGGUCUAAGCAGGGCCCAGCAGACACAGCUCCACGCAGAUCUCAAUGCAUACCUCAUGGAAAACUGCCAGGGGGAAGUGUGUGUGCUCUCUGCUGUGGACUGGGUGAAAGACAACCUGCAGCUCUUCAUUAAUAAGAGCUUAUCAGCACCAGCUCCUAAGAAAGAGUCUACCUCUCUACAGCCACAAGAAGUGUUCAGCCGACUGUGGAUUUACAGUCACCACAUCUACAACAAGACGAAAAGGAAGAACAUCUUGGAGUGGUCCAAAGAGCUGGGCCUGUCAGGAUUUAGCAUGCCUGGGAAGCCUGGUAUUGUGUGUGUGGAAGGUCCUCAAUCUGCCUGCGAGGAGUUCUGGUCCAGAGUGAAGGUUCUGACAUGGAAGAAGAUCAUGAUUCGACAUAGAGAGGAUAUUCCCCUUGAUCGUCAGGGUGAGGACAGCAGGACUGUUGAAAGUAUAGACUCCCUGCGCAAAUUCACAGGCUUUGAAGAGGCAAUGUUUGACCCCCAUGGGAACAGAGGUAAUCACAUGGACCUUGGGCAGCUCUACCAGUUUUUAAAUGAGAAAGGCUGUUGUGACGUCUUUCAGAUAUAUUUUGGUAUUGAAGGGAGAGGUAGUGGUCAGACCUAGAAUAAAUAUACAUUGGUAUUUGACCGGUGCCUUCUGAUUAAAAUCUCUUCUCCUUAAAAUAAGUGUUAACCCUAAAAUGGAAAUGCAUUCAUUAAUGUUUUUGUCUCACAUGCAAGCACACAAAUGGAUUGUGAGCAUGCGGUCGCGUGCCUGAUAAACUGAAAUAAAUUAACCACUUUUUUAUGGAUGUUUUUUCAAGUGUUAAACUCGGGACCUCAUUGGGAUAAAAGGCAAAAAGAACAUUUCUGCAAUUUCAGAAAAUAGUUCUCACUUAUUUCAGCUAAUGGGCAUAUUUUUCAAAAGAAGCAUUAAAAAUAUGUUUUUCUGAGAGUUUUAUCAAGGAGUUAUAUUUGCAAUUUUAAUACUCUUGCAUGUGCUGCAGAUUACACCUUGCCCUAGGUGCUUCUUUCCUCAAAUGGCACCACUGUGUAUUACUGCCAGGCUAUUAGAGGAUUUUCAGGUCUGAUACCACAUUAAUAAUUAGACAACAUUCAACAAUAUGCUAGAUAUCUGUUUAUGAAAUCUGUUGAUAUUUGUAUAUGAAUGAUAAAUAAGACAACCGUGGAAAGUCUCUCUCCAAUUUUCUUUGAAUGAUUAGUUGUUGGAUACUUUUUGAUUACUCAUAAUUAAAAUGUGCAGCUAUUGAACAUGUGUCUUAUUUUCAGCCCUUCCAAGACUGACAUGGAAAAAACAUCCAUAUAGAUUUUUUUGUGGAUUUUUUUCCCUCUAGAGUUCAGUGUAAAGGUCAUCAUUACAAAUGUAUGGCAUUCAUGUUUAUUUUAUAGGAGAUUUUAUUAGCAAAGUGCACUCCUUACAUACAGUAAGUAUUCUUAUACUUAAUCUUUGAAAGUCCAUUAUCACUUUAUACCAUUACAUAAUGUCCUUUACCUUCCAGUGCUAUAGAAAUACCCCAGAAAAUGAUCCCCGUAGAGGAAUUUGAACCCUCAGUGAGUGUUCCAGAGUUCAGACUGUAAAAACAUAACAGCUGAAGCUUAUAAAAAUUAGCAUAUUGUACUUUUGUAGUACUGCCUGUUCACCAGGACUGUGGUACUAGAUCUAUUCUAGCUGACCUGGUAAACUUCAACAUAGAGUUAUAUGCUAAAAAGAAACCACAAGUACACACAACUUAAGGCCAAAGACAAAUGUUUGUUUACAUGCAUUGGAGUGAAUUUACUUGUAAACUAGUUGGAUCUUUAUUGUCCAGCAGAUGGCAGCAUUAUAUAAUCAAAGUUUGAAAAUAUGGUAUCCUUAGAUGUUCUGGAUUUAUGGAUGUGAAAAGUUUAAACCUAAUACAAUAUACAACCUGGAUUCAAAAUGAACUGCAUGAACCUAAAAGAAAUUAAGCAGUAGUAGAGUUAUUAUUUGGUUAGAAACAAUGUCAGCUGUUAUUUGGAUCAAAUACAAAUAUUUAUUCAAAUAUUUAACUUUCAUGAAUCAGCCAUGUAGAUUAAAAUGUUAAUAAUCAUCAAAUAAUUGUAUGAUGUAAAAAGGCUAUUAUAUCUGUGGCCUUUCACAUUUUACAACAACAAGACAACACUCUCAUUUGUGCAUCUUUUUUUUAAACAAUGAUUUCACUUUUUAAAGCAUGUGUCCUAGAAUUGCUCACCAAUGAACACCAGAUUGAGAGAUGGCUGUGAGGAUGGGUUGCUCAUCCUGUUUUGAGUCCCAGGCCUCUUUUUUUCUUGGAGAUCUUGGUCAGCUGGUGGUCCUCAGAGAGCAUACUCACUCCAGUCAGAUUUCUAACUUGCCUCUUCAGAAGACUCAUCAGAGGAGUCCUCUGUCUGUUUGUUUAUCGAGGAGAGCUACACUCCCAGGUGCACAGCUCCAGCUUGUCCCCCAGGACUUAUACUCUAAAUCAGGAUGAGCAAUCUCUUCCACAUCUCUCAUCCUGUGUUUCUGGGUCUCAUAUCCCUUUUUCUGUUAGAAUUUCUACAGUGAGUUGAAUCAGUCAGUUCAUGCCUUCAUCAUAACAGUACUGUAUAUGGCUAUGACUAAACAGUCCCCCUUAUAUGUAGUUCUUACUUCUUACACCUUCUUAUUUCUGUUAUCUGUGGACAGAUUCAUCAGUAAAGUGAGUUCAAGAGAUCCUUUAAAUAUCAAAAGAUUAAACAAAGAUAUAUCAAACACA